AGUUCUUCGACGACCGUCUCGCUGUUUACACGGAGUUUGUUUUGGCUAGUCCAUUCCAUUUCGUUCCGUUUCAUUUUUGUUUUGUCGGUUUGCAAAUUCACACCCCAGCUGAUAGUGCGAGCCAGCUGCUGAAGGAUUCUGGGAAGGUCAUUACUGAUAGUGGAUGACAUAAGUGUGAGUUGAAGAGUGAGAUUUACAUAGGUAGAUCGAUGAAUUGAGGCUUCCAGUGAGUUUCCUAUUAACCAUGACGUCGUUCAAGUUGAUCUGGCUGGGAGCGAUCGUGCUAAUAGCUUCUGCUGUGCUGACAGACGCUCAAUGGUUCGGCACCAAGAAGAAGAAGGAAGAAGAUCCAAAUGUGGCCCUGCUUUCCUACAACCCGGUAGAUCCAGAUGCCGUUCCACCACCGCAGCCGGCACCAACAACAAGUACUACAAGCACCACCACCCCAGCUCCUACUACGACCAAGAAGACGGGUUUCUUCGGUGGACUCUUUGGCGGAGGCAAGGAAAAAGAACCUAAGACAACCACCACCACGACUCCCAAGCCCACAACGACAACUGCGGUACCCACCAGUACGAAGAAAUCCAGCGGUUUCUUCGGGGGACUGUUUGGCGGAAGCAAGAAGGACAAGACUACCACGGUUGCUCCGACUACGGAAAAAACCACCGCCAAGGGAGCCGUAACCGUACCGACCACUACGGUCAAGUCCGCAGCCGUCACUGUCUCUACCCCUAAGGCCAUCACUCCUGUCGUUGCACAAACAAGUACUGUCAAACCUGGAACCCCCACGGUAGCUACCCCAACCAGUACGAAGCCUUCCACAGCUAAGGAUGCCUUCCCAGCUCUGCCAGCGGUUUCAACAACUGCUGCCUCAGCUCCAAAGCCCCCUCCAAUUCCACCGAAAGCAUCCGACGCCUUCCCGGCUCUUCCAUCAAAGCCGGGCAGCCCAACACCGGCUUCCGUACCAACCUCAACCAUCGCCAACGCUUGGAACAAACCUCUCCCAACUCAACCUCCAGCCGUUCCCGCCGGAGGUAAACCCGGAGUAAGCUUCGUCCCCACCCAGGCUCCAGCCGCUGGUGGCACCACCAGAACUACUCCACGUUACUCCGAGGGCCCAACCGCAACCGACGACGAGUUGGCCACCCUCUCCGAGCAACUCUUCUCCAAGGAAAACACCAACCUCAACAAACACGUUCGGGCAAACUACCAACGGCAGACUCUAUCCUCUUCCAGCGUUGACGAAGCCCCGAGCCCACUCCUUUCUAUCGACGAACGCGAAGUAUUUGCUAUGCCGACGAUCGAAAAGAUGCGAGCCCUGUUCAACAACUACGAAGUGGACACCAUGGUCAACGAGUACGUCACCCCCAUGGAGAAGAAGGAGGAAAACGACUUCGUAGACGCUCUUCUGGCAACUUCGGUUAUGCGUAGCGCUAUGCUGUUCCUCCAGAAGAAGGGAGUUGUUACGGCUGACCCGAAGACGCACCACGAACUGCUGAAGACAAUCUGGUUCCAUCUGUACUCGCGAGGCAAUGGAAAGAUCGGCAGUUCUGGAUUCGAGCACGUAUUCCUGAACGAGGUUAGCAACGGGACGAUGAUCGGUCUGCACAACUGGGUCUAUUUGUACGAGCAGGAAAAGUCCGGCCGUCUGGAUUACCAGGGUUACAUCAAGAAGAUGGAUCUGGGAACGAAGGGAGAGAUCGCCAAGGUCCGGCUCACGUUCGAUAAGCUGAACAAACCGUCCAACUCGCUGUUCAUCGGAACGUCGCCCGAGCUGGAGAUUGCCCUGUACACCGUGUGCUUCCAGAUGCGCCCGGAUACCGAGUGCCCGUUGGUUUUCAACGGCAAAAAGUUCACCCUCAAGACAUUUACCUUCCGCUACCGGGGCAAGAACCUCAUCGGAGGUGCUUGGCCCAACUUCUAGAAUUACGACUAUUGUAACACCACGAACUCAAGGCAACUGAUAUUCUCUACCAUGUAGUCAAUAGUUUUAAUGAACUUUUUCAAUUGUGUAUUUUUAUAGAAAAAUAAAAACAA